AUGAAAGUACAAAUCAAAGACAAAGAGUGUUUUGAGACUGUGGAACUAAACAAGAAACUGAAGGCUGAUCAACAGCUUUUUUCUACAGAGAGUCACCAAAAAGCAGAUUUUUGGUUCUGUGAAGAGUGCAAGGAGUACUUCAUAGAGGAAUGCCCAACCCACGGACCCCCGGUCUUCAUUCCAGACACGCCUGUGGCCCUGGGGGUUCCAAACCGAGCCGCUCUGACGGCUCCCUCUGGAAUCGAGAUCAUCCAGGAGGGAGGAGAGGUAGACGUCUGCUGCGUGGACAGGAACAUUCCAAAGGGGGCGCUGUUUGGCCCUUACCAGGGAGAGGUAGUCUCUCAGGACAAGUCCUCAGGGUUCUUCUCCUGGAUGAUUGUUGAUGAAAACAAUACAUACAAAUCCAUUGAUGGCAGUGAUGAAACUAAAACCAAUUGGAUGAGGUAUGUACAGACCUCAGCAGAGGAGAGUGAGAGGAACCUGACUGCCUUUCAGCAUGGUGAGCACAUCUACUUCCGUGUCUGCCGGGACCUGUCAGAGGGAGAGAAGCUACGUGUUUGGUACAGUGAAGACUACAUGGGGAGGCUACACAGCAUGUCCCAGGACAGCAUUGACCACAGCCUUGCCACAGGGGUCCUCAUAUGUUCCCAGUGUGGGAAGAGUUACAGAUGGGCAUCACACCUAACAAACUGUUCACAGUGUGGGCAUAGUUUUAAUCAUUCAAGUGUUUUGACACUACACCAGCAAACUCCUAGAAGCGAACGUCCAUACCACUGCUCUCAGUGUGGAAAGAGCUUUAGUCACUCAAGUACAUUGAGGAACCACCAGCAAACUCACACAGGGGAGCGCCCAUUCCAGUGUUCCCAGUGCGGGAAGAGCUUCAGUCGCUCAAGUACUUUGCGGAGACACCAACAGACUCAUACGGGGGAAUGCCCGUAUCACUGUUCCCAGUGUGGGAAGAGCUUCAGUCACUCAAGUACUUUGAGGCGACACCAGCAAACUCACACAGGGGAGCGUCCAUUCCACUGCUCCCAGUGUGGAAUGAACUUCGGUCGCUCGAGUACUUUAAGAAAGCACCAUCAAACUCAUACAGGGGAGCGCCCUUACCAAUGCUCCCAGUGUGAGAAGAGCUUCAGUCAACUGGGUACUUUAAAGAAACAUCAGCGAACUCAUACGGGGGAACGCCCAUACCACUGCUCCCAGUGUGGGAAGAAUUUCAGUCAUUCCAGUCAUCUGAUAGUACACCAGCGAACUCAUACGGGGGAGCGCCCAUACCACUGCUCUCAAUGCGGGAAGAGCUUCAGUGAUUCAAGUAAUCUGAAACUACACCAGCGAACUCAUACAGGGGAGCGUCCAUAUUACUGCUCCCAGUGUGGCAAAGGCUUCAGCCGGUCAAGUCAUCUGAAACUACACCAGCAAACUCAUACAGGGAAGAAAAGUUGAGGAAUGUUGUGUGUUGUCUGUCAAAGGAGCAUUUUUCUGUUUAGAGUAUUUAACUGAUCUGUUUUGAAAUGGAUUUGGUUUUUACGUUAGAGGGUGAAGUCGAUUUUCUGACCUAUAAGUUCUGUUUAUACAGUAAUAUUACUAGUAUUGCCACUGCUUGCUAUGAAGGUCUCAUUCAUACACAGAGGGCAGCUUAUUUCA